ACGCGGGCGAACAAAUGAAAGAAAAUAAUUAAUUCAUGGAAGUGAAGAAUUAAUUGAAAUUUUUGAGAGAAAUAACCAGUGAAACGCUGUUUGAAGGAGUUCAAUACAUAAUUUUUACAUAAAGUUGCUAUUCUUGAAGAAGUAGUGCAAAUCUGGUAACAUUUCUCCAAAAACAACAUGAACUUGUGAACCGGCGUUGCUGGCGUUUCGUGUGACUGGGACUUUUUGUGUUCAUUCUUUGUUCAUUUUCCAUGUCGCAAAUGAGAUAAUCAACGCAGAGUGUGAGUUUUAUUAGUAUUUUGUUUUCCGUAGUGUAGUUUUUUCAAUAAGAGAACAAUGAUAAACGAAAUGAAGGAGAAUGGCGGCGGCGACGCCAAUUCCAAUGUGUCACCCACCAAACUCAUGGUCAACUACAUCCCCGAACUGAUGACGCGCGAUAUGAUGUACGCGCUGUUCUCCGCGAUGGGCAAGAUUGAGAGCUGUAAGCUGAUUGCCAACAGAGGUUACGGCUUCGUUGAAUAUGAGAAGCACGAAGACGCGGAGAAGGCGCGAGCCGCAUUCAACGGCCUGCUCAUGCAGGGCAAGACGCUCAAAGUGUCGUUCGCGUUGCUUAACCCUGAGAACAAGGUCAGCCACAAACCCGACACAGAGUCCAACCUGUACAUCAGCAACCUGCCGCCGGACAUGACGCUCGAGAGACUCAAUGUGCUGUUCGGCCAGUUUGGAUCCAUCACCAACAGUCGCGUGUCACAGGGAAUCGGCUUUGUGUGCUUCGAGACGCGGCAGCAAGCCGAGGAGGCCAUCAAACACAUGAACGGUGCCUCGCCGAUUACAGGUGCGGGCGCCAUCGUCGUGAAAUUCGCUAACAAGCCUAACUCGAACAAGAUUCCGCCUCGACCAACGACCCGGGUUGGCGUAGCCGCUACUCCGCUGGCCGCGUACAACGGCGCUGCCGCCGCCGUUUUCAACGGCAAUACGCCCACAGCUUUCAACGGCACCAACAUCAGCGCGGCGUUCGGCGCGCGACCAGCUGCUUUCGCACCAGGAUUUCCACAGGCUUCGCCACCGCCGUUACUGCCCUCGCCGGGUAAGGCGCUGCCCUUCAUCAACAAGGGUACGCAGCGCUUCAAUCCCAUGGCAGCUACCAACCACACGCCGCUGCCGCUGCUGGGCGCGCCCGCCAGCCCAUUGCCGCUGUUGGGCGCGCCAUCCGCGCCCCACCAAACAACCGUGUAUGUAUACAACAUCGGGGAGGACACUGAGGAGCUGGCACUGUGGCAACUCUUUGGUCCGUAUGGUGCAAUUGACUCCAUUAAAGUGAUUAAAGAUCCUGAGACAAAGAAAAAUAAAGGUUUUGCUUUUGUGAAUAUGCGUGAUUAUGAUGAGGCUGCAAUGGCCAUUCAAGCGCUCAAUGGGUACACGCUCAAUGGACAGGUUCUAUCGGUUAGUUUUAAGACUCAAAAGAGAAGCAAUUAGUAUGUUAACGGACGUUGUAGACGCCGUUUCAUUGUGAUUUCGGGCCGAAAGCUUAAAAAGAAAGAUUUUCAUUCCAAUCUCAGAAUAUUUUUGUAGUCGAGACGCGAGAUCCUCUAUGUGCAUUUCAGAUUAGUCUUAAAGUAUUUUUGUAAGAUUUAACAUAGUUUUAUAUCGGCGAGCGCGACAUGACUUUCUGUGAGUUUAGUUGGCUUAACAGUAUCGUAUAUGUGUACCAGUCUAUCGUAUUGUAUGGUAUUAUAUGGAGUAUGUAUGGCCUGUCGCACUAUGUACCGCCCGCGGGCGCGGGGGCGCGGCCGCCUGCUUGUUGCGUGCCCCCGUGCUCGCCUUACCUACCCUCCAGGUAUUUUAUUUUGUGUAAAACAAACAAUGUAUGUUUUUUAUCUUUAAUAAAUUUCAUGUUUAAAUAGAAUUUAUUGUAUAUUUUUCUAUUUUUAUUUCUAUAUACGAUUAAUCCCCGUUGUGUCCUUAUUUAAUUACAUAAUAUACGUAAUAAUGCAUAAUAUUAUUUUGUGGCAGUAGUAUAAUUUGUACAUAUUAUUUGUGUGUAUUGUGUCGGCGACAGGUCGCUGUAAAUGCUUCAGUAUUGCAUGUUGUGUACUCAGUCAGAAAUAAUUUUUUAU